AUGAAUUUGCAAUCUAGCUUGUCUUUUAUUAAUGUAGAAUCUCUUUGCACUGAUACAUUUGGCAGGCUUCUUGUUUGGUCACCGCGGUUAGCUUCUACACAUGAUGUAGUUUUGCACAACUUUUGUGAGCUUUCUAUUGGUUCAGUUUGUCUUGCUGAUAUUCAGACCAAGGGGCGAGGUCGGUCAAAGAAUGUCUGGGAGUCUCCGUUAGGUUGUUUCCUGUUUUUCUUUACUCUACAAAUGGAGGAUGGGCGAAUAGUUCCAUUGGUGCAGUAUGUGGUUUCCCUUGCUAUCACAAAAGCAGUGAAGGAUAUUUGCAACAAAAAUGGAUUACCCUCCAUUGACGUCAAAAUCAAGUGGCCAAAUGAUCUUUAUUUAAAUGGCUUAAAAGUUGGCGGCAUUCUGUGCACCUCAACCUAUAAAUUGAAGAAGUUCAAUGUCAGUGCAGGUAGCAAGACAUUCUUGCCUCAGAACAAGAGAAUUGAAAUAGACGUAGCUGAGUAUGAUACUAUUAAGUAUUGGAAACAAAGGGCCUUGGGUUUGGAGAAAUUGCUUGAGGCAAGCAUCCAGAGAGAGCAGAUACUCCAAGACAAGUUGCUUGAAAGGAUCAAUAACAUUGAGAGGUAA